AUGAUCUAGAUCUAGAUCUUUAAAAAAAUAUAUAUAUAAACUACACAACAUACAUAAAAACAUGAAUAUUUCAACACUUUUUAGUUCUAGAUCUAAAUUAAAUCAAGAAUAUUAUUAAAUCAUGCCAACAUUUUGUUUAAUUAUUAAUAAUAAAUUUCGCUCUUUGAAAAUGAAAACUACAAAUAUUUCCUUAGCAAUGUCUAAAGAUGGCGGCGCCCUCAGUCAUAGUUGUUCGCAGAAAGAAGACCACCAGUGCCUUUCUCACCUCACAAACUCUUCUCUUCAUCAAACUUUGGACGAGUUGGAUUUCGACAGAGGCUUAUGGGCGUCGGCUUUAGCUGGGGACAAUUUAGAUAUUAAACAUAAACUUCAGAAAGGCAAUAGCGUUGAUGUAAACAGUCGUGAUAAAUACGGUUACACCGCUCUUCACUAUGCAAGCAGAAACGGACAUCUUCCAGUUUGUCAAACACUGUUAAACUACCAUGCAGAUGUGAACAUAGCCACCCAGGGUAGUGGCACUACACCCCUUCACAGAGCUGCCUAUAUGGGCCACACAGAGAUUGUUGAACUGCUUCUGGCACACUGUGCUGACCCUAUGGCCCAGGACUGUGAUGGCAUGACUCCUCUACAUAAGAGUGCUGAGAAUGGAAAAGUCCAAACUUUUAAAAUACUUUUGAGAAACAAUCCAAAAACAAUAGACAUUACAGACAGCAAAGGUAGAACUCCUUUAGAAGUUGCAACAUCUGAAGAAAUUCAAUUAAUGUUUAAAAGUAUUAUUCAAUCUAGAAAUGUAAAAGGACCAGACUAGGCCUGUUUAUAAGAUAUGGUGCAAUUUUGUUUUUAAACAUGUUUUGGUAUGCUUCUGUAAAUACUGAAUAUAAAUAAAUGUAAUUUACAAUAACAAA